AUGAAGUGGCAGACACUCGUCCUCAGCUACCUCGCCUCCACCACCCUCGCGGCUCCAGUAUACGUAGAGCCCUCACCUCCCUCUCCCGUCUACACUCUUCGCAUCUCCGGCGGCGGCCCCGACCUAGACACCCACUACCUCAGCGCCUCCGGCUCCGUCAUCGGCGUCUUCCCCGACAAAGACAACAAUCCCAUCAAGUUCUACGCCGUACCUAACAAAGACACCGGGCUCGUCGAGCUGCACAACUGGGCCGGCAUUUCUUCCCCAGGCUCCCCCGGCUCGCCUAACACCCCAAAGACCAAAGCUAUCGCUUUGGUGGGCAACGCCCGCACGGGGCUGAUGGAGCUGACGAGCGUUGAGGACCCGGCGGCCAUCGGCUGUGGUGACGGCGAUGCCGUGGACUGCGAGUGGACGAGCUUUACGCUUAACCAGGGCGCGCCGACGAGCGAGGGGAAGCCGGCUAAUACUGUGAGCUAUGCGGGGCCGGGGGGGUGGGUGGCGUUUAGGAGUUCGAAGGUGGAAGGGGGUGGGUGGGUUGUUAGGUGGAAGUAUCCCCAGGCCACCACCACUCAGGACUUUGUGCCGGUUGAUCUUGUGUAUGAGCCUAUCUUCACUAUCGCGGAUACAAAGCGGAGUGAUGAUGGUACGGCACCCGAAAGUUGGAAGUGA